GGCGACUCCGGCGCCUCGCGCGCAAGUAACCGGACCGCGCCGGCGGAGCGUCCGGCGCUCAGCAACUUGAGGCCGCCCAGCCGCGUGGACGGCAUGGUGGGCGACGACCCGUACAACCCUUACAAGUACUCCGACGACAACCCCUAUUACAAUUACUACGACACGUACGAAAGGCCCCGGCCUGGGAGCAGGUACCGGCCUGGCUAUGGCACCGGCUACUUCCAGUACGGUCUCCCGGACCUGGUGCCGGAUCCCUAUUACAUCCAGGCGUCCACAUACGUGCAAAAGAUGUCCAUGUACAACCUGAGGUGCGCUGCGGAGGAAAACUGCUUGGCCAGCUCAGCAUACAGGGCUGAUGUCAGAGACUAUGAUCACAGGGUGCUGCUGAGAUUUCCCCAAAGAGUAAAAAAUCAAGGAACAUCAGAUUUCUUACCAAGUCGACCACGAUAUUCCUGGGAAUGGCACAGUUGUCACCAACAUUACCACAGCAUGGAUGAAUUCAGCCACUACGACCUGCUUGAUGCCAACACCCAGAGGAGAGUGGCUGAAGGCCACAAAGCAAGCUUCUGUCUUGAGGACACAUCCUGUGACUAUGGCUACCACAGGCGAUUUGCAUGUACUGCACACACGCAGGGGUUGAGUCCUGGUUGUUACGAUACUUACAAUGCAGACAUAGACUGCCAGUGGAUCGAUAUUACAGAUGUAGCGCCUGGAAACUACAUUCUAAAGGUCAGCGUGAACCCCAGCUACCUGGUGCCCGAGUCGGACUAUUCCAACAAUGUCGUGCGCUGUGACAUUCGCUACACAGGACAUCAUGCGUAUGCCUCUGGCUGCACAAUUUCACCGUAUUAAAAAGCAAGCCAAGACUCCCAAUGGAUAAAUCAGUGCCUGGUGUUCUGAAGUGGGGAAAAAUAGAUUAACUUCAGUAGGAUUUAUGUGCUUUGAAAAAGAGAACAGAAAACAACAAAGGAAUUUUUGUUUGGACCUUUUUAUAACUAAGCACAGAACUGGAUUUUGAACAUUUAAAUUGACAUUAUUUGGAAAAACUUUAAUAUUAUUAUUCACAUUAUUUUGUGAAUUAGCAUAUUUCAAUUCUGUAGCUGGCACACUUGGCUCUCUCAAAGAAAUCCAAAUUUCUUACGCGCUUUUUCAAAUCAUAAUACAGAAAGGAAAACCAUAUUUCAAUGAAUGAGCCAAAAUUAGUUUGAACUGGGAAUUUUCUGAAGUGCUGUCACUUCAGUGAACCACCGUAAGAACUGGCUUAUAUAUGUCCUGGCAUAGGUUACUUUAGAAACGGGGCUCCUACUGUUUAAGUAGGUAUGGACACAUUUGGUGCUGAGGAAGGAAUAAACACAUUACCAUUGGUGUCAAGAAAUAUUACUAUAUAGCAGAGAAAUGGCAGUAUAUGUAUUCAGAUAGUUACAUCCCUAUAUAAAAUUUAUGUUUACAUUUUUAAAUUAGUAGGUAAACUACUUUCUUUCUGUCAAGUGUACAAUUUCAUUCUGACUUAAGUCAGCUUUUGUUUUGGAACAAAUUAAGUAAUUGAGCUGCCCAACCGUUCCCUGACAUUUGUUGAUACUCCCCUCUAAUCUUUAAUUUUCCUACGGGCAGAGGCCUUUUAAGUGGCAUCUUUAAACUACCAUUUUGGGGACUGGUAUACAUAGGACAGCUGUGUCAAUGGGAAGUUAUUCUGAUGACAAAUGUGGUACAUUCAAAGAUAAUGCAUAAUUAAGUAUAUUUAAGUAUUAGCCAAAAAAAUUUCUUAGUGACAUCAAAUAAAAUCAUACGGACAAGUCCCUCAAACCACAACUGUCUCAAAUACUUUUAAAAAAUUAAUGAAAAACAUCUUAGAAUUUUUCUAAUUUUCUACAUGUUUUAAAAAAUGUUCAGCUCUAAAAAGAAGAAUGCUAAAAACUUUUAAGUUAUUCAGAAUAGAUGACAUAAUAUGUAUAGAUACAGGAACCUUAUCCUACGUCAUCCAGGAAUCAGUCAUACAUGUUUGUGUGUGUGUGUGCAUGUCUGAAAUAUAAUCCAAUUAGCAAAGCACACAGCAUUACAUACUUGAGGGGUUGGUGAAUAAGGGAGGAAAAAAAUACUUUCGGCAACACCAAGGAGUGUGCUGCAUGAUGAGACAGCUGUGAUUUUAUUUUAAACUGUGAAAGUAUGUGCCACAACCGAAUUUGGAGAUUUUCUCUUUUUCCUAGAUUCAAAAGGUGCAGAAAGAAAUCAAGUUACAUUUU